ACAGUCCCCUAAAUACCAAAGCCCUCUCCCCCCUCUUCGAUGUCGACGUCCCUCCUCGGCCUAAAACCCUCGAUUUCCAAUUCUGCCCUCCUUCCCUAAGUCCGAGGGCGAUCCCGCCAUUUCCUUCGGAACCAUGAACCGGGCGUUCCAGCUGCGGGUGGACCCGCUGACCGGCGACUCGGAGUGGAUCGUCGUCGAAGAGGAGGGAGACGACGAUCCGAAGGGGCUUCUAGAAGGUUCUAGACCUCUUCUGGCGAACACCUCGUACCUCGAUAUGCUGAACGAUUCUUGCAGGAACCGAGCUUAUCGAGCUGCCAUCGAGAAGACUAUUUCUCAGCCUUGCCAUGUUUUAGAUAUUGGGGCAGGGACUGGACUGCUCUCAAUGAUGGCAGCACGGGCAAUGAUGGGACAUGGAAGGGAAAAUGAGGGAAAGGUGUCGGCAUGCGAGUCAUAUCUUCCUAUGGGAAAGUUAACACGGAGGGUUCUACGAGCGAAUGGCAUGGAGAGGAUGGUAAAGCUCUUUCAUAAGCGGUCUGAUGAGCUCCAUGUGGGGAAGGAUCUAGACUCACGUGCAGAUGUGCUGGUUAGUGAGAUUCUCGAUUCAGAGUUGUUGGGUGAAGGAUUGAUACCAACUCUGCAACAAGCACAUGACAUGCUGCUGGUUGAAAAUCCGAAAAUGGUUCCAUACAGAGCCAUAACUUAUGGUCAGUUUGUCGAAAGCACAUUUCUGUGGAAGUUGCAUGAUUUAUUUAAUCAAGAAGCUGACAUACCUGAUGGGAUUCAUCUUGUACCGGCUGGUUUAGAGAGGAUUAUAGAUGUAAAACCUAGGCAAUAUGCUAUGCAUUGCGACGCGAUAUCCCAAGAGAUUAAAUUGUUAUCAGAACCAUUCAAAAUUUUUGACUUUGACCUUUGGAAACGACCAGACAGUUAUAGAGAGGUGGAAAUGCUUAUAAAAACAACUGGUGAUGGAAGGAUCCAUGCUUUAAUAUCAUGGUGGGUGCUUCAACUUGACUGUGAAGGGUCAGUAUUCUACUCUACAGCUCCUAGAUGGAUAAACUCUUGCGAUGUGCAAAGUGGAGCACCACACUUAUAUUGUGGCAGGGAGUGGUGCGAUCAUUGGAAAGAAUGUGUUUGGUUCAUUCCAGGGCCAGGAAUACCUGUAUACAAGGAUAAAUAUGUUCCUGUAAAAGCUUUUCAUGAUGAUAUUAGCAUCUCUUAUUCUCUCCCAGAUAAUAGCUCAACAGACACUGGUGGCUUGAAGCCUGAGGACUGUCAUCUGAUACUAACACCAGAAAAAGUUGCGGUAUAUGGGGACAAAGCUUUUAGAUCUGCAAUGUCAAAGUCUGCAGAAACUGCUUUGCAGCGUGCAAGAUCUUGUCCAUUUUGUGUUGUUGCUGAUGAUAGUGUAUUCUUAACAGUUCUUGCUGCAUCAUUUUCGAAAGAUUGUACUGUUAUUUCGAUAUUCCCAGGACUGCAAGAGCAAGGUACCAAAUAUCUGCAAGCUGUUGCUAAUGCUAAUGGAUUCUCUAUGGAUUGCAUUGAAGUUGUUGGCAAAAGGGCACCAUGCUUGCUUAAACAACAUUCAAACAAAAGAAAGGUUGAUGUUUUGAUGGGAGAGCCAUUCUAUUAUGGGAAUGAAGGGAUGCUUCCAUGGCAAAAUUUACGGUUUUGGCAGGUGAGAACUAUGCUCGAUCCAAUUUUAUCAGAAGAUGCAGUUAUGAUGCCUUGUAAAGGAAUCUUGAAAGCCUGUGCUAUGUCUCUUCCAGACUUAUGGAAAAGCCGUUGCUGCCUCAAAAAGAUCGAAGGCUUUGACCAUUCAGUUGUCAGUGAGAUUUUGGGAGCCUGUGGGGAAUUACCUCCUUUGCAGGAAGGUCCUUGCCUUCCUUAUUUUAUUUGGCAGUGUGGUGAGAUAAAGGAACUCAGUGAGGUCUUCUCAAUCAUGGAUUUUAAUUUCUCAGAAAUGAUUCAUGCAUGCUAUGGGAAGAAAAAGAUUAACUUUUCCAACCAUGGAGUGUGUCAUGGUUUCGCUCUUUGGAUCGACUGGGUGUUGGAUGAAAGAGAGCCCAUUAUUUUGUCAACUGGCCCAGUUAGCCGAUAUUGGAAACAAGGAGUGAAGCUCUUAAGAAAGCCCGUGGAAGUCAAUUCUUGUGAAAGUUCUGCAGAUAUAGAGGCAUCCUUUAAUCCUACGACGGGUGAAAUCACCAUUAAAUCCUCAUUCUCGUGAUGUAUUCUUGUUUUAAACCCUUGUUCUUGUGUGAAUUAAUUGUCAACUAUUUAUUGUAUCAUUCAAGUGUUUGAAUUAGGUUGUAUCAUGUGCCAAUGCCCUUUACCGUUUAUGUAAUUAAGUGUAUGUAACUCUGGCAAUAAUCUUUCUAUCUAUACUAGAUACUGAUAUAUACUGAAGUAAAACCUUAAAUAGCCA